GGGCGACGGCGUGUGGGUCGAAGUCUUUUCGAAAUUCAUUGCUUCGGCACUGCAAAGAGCACAAUUGCAGCGGCCGACCGCUUGAAGCCCCAGCAGAGCCGACAUCAUGAAGCUUAACAUUGCUAAUCCCACCACGGGGUGUCAAAAGAAGGUCGAAAUUGAUGACGACCAAAAGCUUCGGGCGUUUUUUGACAAGCGUUUGUCCCAAGAGGUCACCGGAGACAAUCUUGGGGAGGAGUUCAAUGGUUAUGUUUUCAAGAUCAAGGGAGGAUGCGACAAACAGGGUUUCCCCAUGAAGCAGGGUGUCAUCACCCAAGGGCGCGUCAGGAUCAUGAUGCACCGAGGAACACCCUGCUUCCGGGGACACGGACGUCGCAACGGUGAGAGGAGACGCAAGUCUGUCAGAGGUUGCAUCGUCAGCCCCGAUCUGUCAGUCCUGAAUUUGGUAAUUGUCAAGCAAGGUGCGAAGCCUCUGCCCGGCUUGACGGACAUUGAGAAACCAAGAAUGCGUGGACCCAAGAGGGCCACCAAGAUCAGAAAGCUUUUCAAUCUUUCUAAGGAAGACGACGUCAGGAAGUACGUCAACACUUACCGACGUAGCUUUACCUCAACCACCGGGAAGAAGAGGAGCAAGGCUCCCAAGAUCCAGAGGCUUGUCACCCCCCUCACCCUCCAGAGGAAGCGCAGCAGAAUUGCAGAGAAGAAAAAGCGAGUUGCUAAGGCCAAGUCCGAGGCCGGAGAGUACCAGAAGCUCCUCGCUUUGCGUCUCAAGGAGCAGAGGGAACACCGAAGUGAAAGUCUUGCCAAGAAGCGGGCUUCUCGAGUGUCGACUGCGACCAGGACCGAGUAGAGACUCGUACUCAUGUUCGGCCAUGAAAUUUUCAGACCACAAAUCUAAACAUAGAGAUCUGUAUGAGGCACAGAGGCAUUUAGGAGAAUGCCUAAUCUUUUCGCUUGACAGACCAGGGUAUGCUCCCGGACUAAAAAUUGCUUCCUCGAGAUUUAUCCGGAAUAGGAAGAAGAAUUGUCAAGCAGAGGAGAUAAAACGAGGUAGGUAUAUAACCCAGGCUUAAGUGGAUAGCGAUUUUGAGUUGAUGUACUCUCUUCUUACUACCCGUUUACGGCUGACGAAGAAGACUUGACAGGCCUGAGCUUCAGUAGAACUCCAGCCAUCAUCAUACUCACCCACUCGAGUAGGAACCGUGUUGCACCUGGAGCUUUUCUGUUGUCAAUAGUCCAAAUGAGGCGCAUGCCUGUCAGCUUCUUUACCGUGACGCCUACCUUUGGCGCCUCUGGGGUAGUCAUCACUCCAGUUUGACCUGUCCGUAGCCGUGUGGAGCGAAGAGAACGGAUCUGCCCGAAGCUUUGAGUGGCCUCAUUUUGUUCUGAGCUCACUCUUUUGAAAGUUAGUAGUAGACGACGUGCGUCGUUAUAGCGCUUCUUGGUGAACCUUGCUGUACCGGGAGUGGUCCUGCCCCAGCACACCCUACACCUUUUUCAGAGGCGGUCGUUUUAAACUUACACAGUUUUUCUUCGUACGUGGGUACGAUUUCAGAUCCUAAGCGUAUGGCUUGGACACACUUGUCGGCUGUCCAAUGCAAUUUUGUCCUUGUGGAUGGUUGGCUUAUAAAUCUAUCAUAUUUGAAUUAUUCCG